AUUAGCAUCGAUGAAGUUUGUGCGAACAUGGCGGAUUUCCUGCCGACCAGGUCCGUGUUAAAAGUUUGUCUACCCGUCUGCCUGCUCAACAGCGGCGAGGUGGAACAGCUCCGAAAGUCCAAGGAGAUCGACAGAUGUAUUUCCCGGGAGAAAACGUACGUGAAACGGCUGGUGAAGAUCCUGCUGCUCGGCGCUGGCGAGAGCGGCAAGUCGACUUUCCUCAAACAAAUGCGGAUCAUCCACGGACAGGACUUCGACCAGCAAGCCCGAGAGGACUUCAGAGCCACGAUUUACAGCAACGUUAUCAAAGGUGUACGUGUGUUGGUGGAUGCCCGGGAGAAGCUGCACAUCCCGUGGGGUGACCCGGACAACCAGCCACAUGGGGACAGCCUGAUGGCGUUCGACACCCGGUCGGCUAAGAUGGCGAGUGGGCAGCUGGAGACGUCUGUCUUCUUGCAGUACCUACCUGCCAUCAGAGCUCUGUGGGCCGACUCGGGUAUACAGAAUGCGUAUGAUCGUCGUAGGGAGUUUCAGCUGGGUGAGUCAGUGAAGUAUUUCUUGGAUAAUCUGGAUAAGCUUGGCGAGCCGGACUAUCUUCCCACUCAACAGGACAUCCUGCUGGCUCGUAAACCCACCAAGGGCAUCCACGAGUAUGACUUUGAGAUCAAGAGCGUUCCCUUCAAGAUGGUGGACGUGGGAGGGCAGCGGUCGGAGCGGAAGCGCUGGUUCGAAUGUUUCGACUCCGUCACCUCCAUCCUCUUCCUCGUCUCCUCCUCUGAAUAUGACCAGGUGCUGAUGGAGGACAGGCAGACCAACCGGCUGCGUGAAUCGCUCGACAUCUUCGAGACCAUCGUCAACAACCGCGUCUUCGUCAAAGUUUCGAUCAUCCUCUUCCUCAACAAGACGGAUCUGCUGGAGGAGAAGGUGAAGAGUGUUCCGCUCAAGGACUACUUUCCCGAGUACACUGGGCAAGAGCACAACCUGCCGGACGUCCAGGCGUUCAUGGUGGAGUGCUUCCGGGCCAAGAGACGCGACCCCACCCAGAAGCCCCUGUACCACCACUUCACCACAGCCAUCAACACGGAGAACAUCAGGCUGGUGUUCCGGGACGUCAAGGACACCAUCCUCCACGACAACCUCAAACAGCUCAUGCUCCAAUGACCCCUGUCGACCUGUGAAAGUAGAGGACCUGAAUGGGGACAAACCACCCCCUCGCUCCUGACAAGGACUCGGGAGAGACCAGCCUCAGAAGAAUCCGAUAGACGUCAGCGUUCUUCUUCAGCCGUUUUUAUGUUAGUUUUUACUCUCCUCUUUGAAGAGUUUGGCCUUCUUGUUAGUUCAGGGUUUGGUAGGGGGACGAGUCAGCAGGACAGACUGUCCGUGGUUAGCGAUGAGCAGGCGGUUUGGAUGUUGGACAACAUCUGAUCUUUGCUGCUUCGUCUCAAGACUCUCUCCUCUGGCCUGAGCGCAAACACUCGCUGCAGUUUUUCGACUCACAAGGUGCCGGUGCUGGCGCCAACGCCCGCGCCUGGCUGUGGAAACCAGUUAAACUUUUCACAAACCAGCCUCAUGGUCUCCAAAGCAGAUACACAACUGGCCAAGCAACAAAUACAGCUGUUUUACCAACAUGUAAGCAAACGACAGAUGGUCAAGAUGCAACAAAAUCAGCUGUGCCAAAGUUGAUUUAGCACUGAAUUCAUCUAGUCCAAAAUCAGUCCAUUAUUUCCGCUGCACUCUCCAGUGCUGCUCUGUGAACGUGGUUUAUGUAGUUUAAAGGAAGGGUUUGACAACUCUCUGAUGAUCUGGAGACUGCACGAUUGUCCUUUAUUUUCCUCAUAUUGCAGCACCGCUCCUCCGUCUUCCCGUCCUAGUCGCCACUUUCUCUUGGCCUCGACAUUAGCAGGGCAGAGAGUCAUUUCUGCCGGGACAAGGACCAGUUCACUGAUGGCGACAGCGCUCCCAACGGUUCAGUAUGUGAUGUUGAAAACGGCUCCAGCACCGGCACCUUGUCUGUGGAAAAAAAUGCUAGAAAAGGGCACAACGGCGAGACUGAACCUCCACUGCCUUUCCAUGUAAUGUCUUCUGUAGACCUAAUCACUGUUUGAAUCCUGCAUUUGUGCCUUUGUAGAAUUAAAGCCAAUCUUAGCUGCCUUCAACACGUAAUUAAGAAGUUGUCCUUUUGUUUUUGGGUGUUUUAGAGGACAAAAUGACCUUAAUUGGCACAUGAGGCAGGUGUGCCAGCACGUGAACAUGCAGUCCACUGUUUUCUCAGGGUUGAAUCCAAACCAGCGUUGAUGCUGAUGUUGGUGGUGGUGAACUAACUGAAUAAUCUUUCUCUGGGUGGCAGAGCGGUGAGACUCAGCCAGGCCUCAGUACAGUUAGCUGGGUGGUGGUUGGUACUGUAUCCUCCUGGCUUUGACCCCUAAACCCAGAAUCCCCCUCUGUUUCUCUCUGUUUUCAUCUCUGAUUAGAUGCCUUGUAAAGGGACAGACUGUUUCCCCUGUGUGCCUGAUGAUGAAUGUCUGUUAAUAGAUGUACAGAGAUUUGCUCUAAAUUGUCUGAAUAUACUGUAACCAACAUUGUAAGCUGUAACUUACUGUGUUAGGCGUCUCUGAAAACCCCUCGAAGGUUUACACGCCGUCCCGUGCUGUUUAGGAGUUCCCUUUAAAAAACAUUUUGGAUUUGUUGAAAAAAAGUAGACAAAAAAAGCUGCUGGAGUUGAAUACUUGUGUCAGCGACUGUAUUCUGAAGGGGGCCAAUCUUUGUUUGAGGACAACUUCCAGGCACUGUUAAAAUCUGUUUCUUUGCCAAAUCACCACGUGCUUUCUUGGGAAUUUUCACAUCGACCAGUCUCCAGUUAUUUUUUCCUCCCAAAAUAAAAAGCUCCCGUGAGCUUCAGUUUGCUUCCAGUUCUGGCUUUGUACAUACUGUAAUCUGUUGCCAUGUAAAUAAUAUUCAGGUUUAUCUCCGUAUAUGUAAAUGGUUGUAGAAAUGGCGUUUUGUUUUUUUUCCUCCAUUCUGAAUGUGUUCCAAAAAUCACUGCUUUUCCAAUGAAGAUGACCAUUUUUUUUGAUUUAGAUGUAUUUUUGUUUAAUUUUUUUUUCAUCACCUUUUUGAAAUUCAUUCCUGUGCCAAGUCUCAUGCCACUCUAACCCUAUCAAUAAAAUAC